CUGCUGCCGGUGCCCCCCCUGCCCCUCUCCUUCUCCCUGCCGCUGGCGGCCCUGCCUCUUCCCGCCCGCCGUUCCGGCUGUGGCUGACAGGAUAUGUAACAUGACACUGAUAUUCUGGACAGUUUAUCAUAGGAGCCUCUGUGAAGCUGUUUUUUUGAAGUAAUGCCCAUAGAAAGUGGAAGUUGUGCAUCUGCUCGCCAAGCAAAGCAGAAACGUAAAUCGCACAGCCUUUCCAUCCGGAGGACCAACAGUUCUGAGCAGGAGCGGGCAGGACUGCAGAGAGACAUGCUGGAAGGGCAGGAUUCAAAACUACCCUCUUCUGUCCGGAAUACACUCCUUGAGCUUUUUGGACAAAUAGAACGGGAAUUUGAAAACCUGUAUAUUGAAAACUUGGAAUUACGCAGAGAGAUCGAUACGCUGAAUGAGCGCUUAGCAGGGGAAGGACAGACCAUUGAUGGAGCUGAGCUGAGCAAAGGACAACUGAAAACAAAAGCCAGUCACAGUACCAGUCAGCUUUCUCAGAAGUUGAAGACAACUUACAAGGCAUCUACUAGCAAGAUUGUAUCCAGUUUUAAAACUACAACAUCAAGGGCAAUCUGUCAACUGGUGAAGGAAUACGUUGGCCACAGGGAUGGUAUUUGGGAUGUCAGUGUCGCGAAAACUCAACCAGUGGUGUUGGGAACUGCAUCUGCUGAUCAUACUGCUUUGCUGUGGAGCAUAGAAACAGGGAAGUGCCUUGUCAAGUAUGUAGGGCAUGUUGGAUCAGUAAAUUCCAUAAAGUUUCAUCCAACUGAGCAAGUGGCUCUUACAGCAUCUGGAGACCAGACAGCUCACAUCUGGAGAUACAUUGUACAGUUGCCUACCCCUCAACCAACUGCAGACUGCAAUCAAAUGUCUGGAGAAGAUGAAGUGGAGAUCUCAGAUAAAGACGAACCUGAUGGAGAUGGAGAUGGUUCUAGUGAUUGUCCCACUGUCAGAGCUCCGUUAACUUCACUCAAAAGCCAUCAAGGAGUGGUCAUAGCAGCUGACUGGCUUGUUGGAGGGAAGCAAGCUGUGACAGCAUCAUGGGAUAGGACAGCAAAUCUGUAUGAUGUAGAGACUUCUGAACUUGUCCAUUCUCUUACAGGGCAUGACCAGGAGCUAACUCAUUGUUGUACGCAUCCCACCCAGCGGCUUGUGGUGACAUCAUCCCGUGACACCACCUUCCGCCUGUGGGAUUUCAGAGAUCCUUCUAUCCAUUCUGUGAAUGUCUUUCAGGGCCACACAGACACUGUGACAUCUGCAGUUUUCACUGUGGGAGACAAUGUUGUUUCUGGUAGUGAUGAUCGUACUGUAAAAGUCUGGGACUUGAAAAACAUGAGGUCUCCUAUAGCAACUAUUCGUACAGAUUCUGCAGUCAACAGGAUUAACGUCUGUGUUGGCCAGAGGAUCAUUGCCCUGCCCCACGACAACCGGCAGGUCCGGUUGUUUGACAUGUCCGGAGUGCGCCUGGCACGGCUGCCGCGCAGCAACAGACAGGGCCACAGAAGAAUGGUGUGCUGCUCGGCAUGGUGUGAGGACCACCCGAUCUGUAACCUCUUCACCUGUGGGUUUGAUCGCCAGGCUAUCGGGUGGAACAUCAACAUCCCUGCUUUGUUACAAGAGAAAUGAGAUGCUGGAGGAAUGGCUGCAGUUUCUGCUGCCAUGGACUGCUCUCCUUGGCAGACCUUCUCAAACAUUGGUCUGCUGUGGCUGUAAAAGCUCUUCCUUAGCGGAGACUUGAGCAGCUUUGUUCUUGUUCCCACAUUGUGCUGUUUGCAUGGGUUGUACAGAAAAUGUGAUUUUUUUAACAAUUAGUUUGUCUGGUGUAUGAACUUUUCUAUUCUGGCAUCCACUGGUCAGUGUGUUCCCUGUUGCAUAGAGCACAUAAAUGUUCGAAGUUAUUUAGCAUUGAAUAGCUGCACAGUAGGGCAUUAUGUCUGUGACAUGAAUGUGAAAGCUCUGUAAUUAAUGUGGGGUGCAUAGCAGUCUGUUACAUUUUCCCAUGACUAUACAUAUCUGCCUUGUGUUAAAAAGAACCUGCAGGGCUGUGACUUUGAAAUGAAGUGUGACUUUCACUAUGUCUGUGAUGGUAAACAUUUUCCUGUCUGCAUAUGAUUUGGAAUACCUUUUUAGUGCUGCAGUAUAGCGCAACUUCAACUCCAUUUUUAUUCCAGUUACUGGAGAAACAGUCGAACUGAGAAGGAAAAUGCAAGCAACUUGCAGUGAGUAAAGACUGCCAGGUUUAUUUGGAAAUCACUUUUGUACUUUUGAAAAAGAAAAGUAUUCAUUCUGCCCUCCUUAUAUAAAGUGACUCUAAAAUCUCGUGGUGUUUCCUACUAGCAAAGAUCCAGAGCAUUGGGAUUCUAAUCACUGAAAUCUAGUCAAGCAAAUUCUGAAGCACUUUAGUUUAUAGCUAUUGUUAUAAACCAUUUAUGAAAGUUUGACUCUACCAGUGAAUGUGAGCUGACCUUUGUAAGAAGGAUUGCUUCUUUUUGGUGACCUGCCCAAAAAGGAAAUAGUGUUUUUGAGGGUUGUUUGUUCUUUUCUUAAUUUUUUUUUAACCAUACCCAUAGUGAACAUACUUUGCUCUGGUGUGCAGUGCACUGAGCAUACUUUGCUUUGGUGUUCACUCCCCAUGGUUUUAUUUUGAGCCAGCAAUACAAAGUAAAUGAGUACUACCUCAGAAAUGAAUGUUGGUCAAGAUGCAUUGAAUCUCUCUGUAGCUUAGAAAAAAAGCACUUUUGGUCUGUGGCUGAAGUCCUGUCUUUGACAUGAGAGGAAAGACAACCAUACCAAAUGUGAUCCUUAGGAUAAUUAACACAUACAGCUAAUGGAGCAGUGUGAUCAAUGAACAUUGUCCGUCAUCUUUCCGUUCUCAGCCGUGGCAAGGGCAGCUCUGGUUCCUACUCUGUUCCAGAAGGGGUUAACUGACACAGAUCUCUCUGCUCCUUUCCAAAUGAUUUUAUUCUGGGGUUAGUCUUUGCUGUCCUUAACGUUUUUUUGGCACUGGCGGUAGGGUGUUUUAGCAAGGCUACCGAUUGUGUGAGAUGUCUUCAGAAGAACAAACCGACUGCUUCAGACGGCCACUGCUCUGUAGCUAAAAGGAGACAGUGCCCCUGUCUGACAUAGCACAGAGCCAGAGGAAGGCUGAGGGGAGCCAAGCAUGCACUCUUACAAUGGGAGUUUGGGGGAGGUCGGCAUUAGGUAAGUGUCAGGAACUUCUUAUCUCUUUAUUGUGGCUUUGUGAAGCUGUAGCUGUGCUCUUGUCCUCUGCAGCAUUGUUUAGAGUGACAUUAAGAUGUGUUAACUGUUCUAUUAACUAACAGAUAAUGGUAUUGGAGUGCAAUGGGAUGGGACUAAGAAUGCAUCCUUGAGGAAUUGUAGGGAAACUAGGGUCCUAGACUGGUUUUGAACUGUAACAUUGAAGAAGCUCAAGAUAAGGAAUGGAGGAUGUAUAUAGUAUCUUUAUAGUAAAGGGCAUCAUAAUAUAAUAGCUUGACCCCUUGUUUUUUUCUGUUGGUUUUUUUCCUCUCUUUUUUUUAAGAUACAAGAUAUAUACAGAAUUUUACUGAAGUAAUCUUAAAAUACCCACGGUAGCAAGGUUGCAGGGAGCAGCUGCAGAGUUUUAAGUCUUCUGACAACAAGGGUUACAGGAUGGUGUCAAAAGUUUAUUUUCACUGUUUUUUCCCCUAGGUUUUUAACUCAUGGGUAAAGCCAUUUGAUGUUGGAUUGCAAGUGUUAUUCUUUAACUUUUUGUUUUAGUUGGCAAUGGAGAGAACUUUAUACAGGUUGAUUUUGUUAAAAAAAGAUAAACAAGUCUCUCCAGCCUGGAGAAGCAGCUUCUGCAGCAUGGCCUUCAUGUGUCUUGAGCAAUGAGUGUCCUUUUAUUACCUGAGGUGGUGUGAAGGUCACUGGUUUUAGUCCUGCUAAGCUGUCCGUUGAAGCUUCUCUCACCCAUAUGUGACACAGUACUGAGAGACUUUAUGCAGUUUAACCAUCAGUGCUGCAAGCUCUUGAUAUCACCAGAGGGGCCAUCCUCUGGCACUGGGAGUGGGAUGCUUACAUGCUUUCACUUUGACAAAACCAACCAACCAAGGUGCUAGAGCCAUGUUCUGUGGAGCAGGCUAAUGCUGAAAUCAGCUAACACUUCACUAUCACUUAGCUUAAUUUCAUGUACUGUACCCAGGGUUAAGGGUCACUCUCCUUGGAAGAAAAUCCUAUGUGAGCAUGGCAGUGAAUGAUGCUGCACUGACCAGACACGUGGCAAACAUUUCAUGCCUUUGAGUGUUCUAAAGAGUGUUUUUCAGCUCUGAGCAAUGUCCAGCAUUUCAUAAAAGGAGGAGAGUUACAGUUUCAGUGUUGUGCAGAACUUCACAGAUCACUCAUCACUGGGCAAAAUCAAGCUUUUAUGUCUUUCUCAAGCAAUGCACAUCAGUUUUCACACUUUGUGUCUACGGUCAGAAAGAUCUGGAAUGAAACAUCUUUGUUGCCUAAAUCUGAAAACUACCUUUUUGGAAAUAACUUUCUAAGUUAUGUGGAACCACUUUUUAUUGUUCUGCUAAUUUGUUUUUAGAUGUAAAAUGUUUUUCUUCAUUAUGAUUCAGAAUGCAUUAAAACAUUCAACAAUU